CCUGUCUGCACUGGGGCGUCUCUGAGGGCAGAAAUGAUGAGAGAUUUGGGCAGGAUUAUAAAACCUGCUGCAGGUCCUCAGUGUCUACCUGUUGAAUGAUAAAGGAUUUGGGAGAGCCCGUGUGACUGCAGGAGUGGAGCCGGCUGCGUGGGUGCCCAGCAUGGACGGCUACACAGUCCUGAGAGUGAUCGGGGAGGGCUCAUUCGGCAGAGCCCUUUUGGUCCAGCAGGACAGCAGUAAUUGGAUGUUUGCCAUGAAGGAAAUCAGGCUUCCCAAGUCUUUCUCUGAUACCCAGAAUUCUAGGAGGGAGGCUAUUCUGUUAGCCAAAAUGAAACAUCCCAAUAUUGUUGCUUUCAAAGAAUCAUUUGAAGCUGAAGGACAUCUGUAUAUUGUGAUGGAAUAUUGUGAUGGAGGAGACCUCAUGCAAAAAAUUAAACAUCAGCGAGGAAAGCUGUUUCCUGAAGAUAUGAUACUGAACUGGUUUACACAAAUGUGCCUUGGAGUAAAUCAUAUUCACAAGAAACAUGUGUUACACAGAGAUAUCAAAUCCAAGAAUGUCUUCCUCACUCAAAACGGAAAAGUAAAACUGGGAGAUUUUGGAUCUGCCCGUCUUCUCUCCAAUCCCAUGGCAUUUGCUUGUACGUAUGUGGGAACACCUUAUUAUGUGCCCCCAGAAAUAUGGGAAAAUAUGCCUUAUAACAAUAAAAGUGACAUCUGGUCCUUGGGUUGUAUUCUGUAUGAACUCUGUACCCUGAAGCAUCCAUUUCAGGCAAAUAGUUGGAAAAGUCUUAUCCUCAAAAUAUGUCAGGGGUUUGUGAGCCCACUGCCAUCUCAUUAUUCCUAUGAGAUUCAGCAUCUAAUCAAGCAGAUGUUUAAAAGGAAUCCUUCCCAUCGUCCCUCAGCGACCACGCUUCUCUCUAGAGGCACUUUAGCUCGGCUUAUCCAGAAGUGCUUAACACCUGAGAUCAUCACAGAAUAUGGCGAGCAGGUUUUAGAAGAAACCAAAAAAUCUAAACAUAGUACACUAAGAAAAAAGGCAGACCCCAGCAGAAUCAGGAUUGCUUUGGAAAAAGAAGCAAGGACAAUGCAAAGGGAAGAACAAGACAGAAAGUGUAGCCACACUGAUUUAGAAAGUAUCAAUAAAAAUUCAGUUGAAAGUGCAUUGAGGAGAGUAAGCAGAGAAGAGAAAGAUAAUAAAUCAGUCCAUCCGAAGAAAGUCAGUUCACCAAGUCCUCUCCGGCGACAGUGGGAAAAAAACAUAUCCAAUACAGCACUUACAGCUUUGGAAAAUGCAUCUAUACUCACCUCCAGUUUAACGGGAGAGGACGAUAGAGGUGGUUCUGUAAUAAAGUACAGUGGAAAUAAUACCCGUAGGCAGUGGCUCAAAGAGACUCCUGAAACCUUGUUGAACAUCCUGCAGAAUGCUGAUCUCAGCUCGGCAUUUCAGACAUACACAAUAUUUAGACCAGGUUCGGAAGGGUUCUUGAAAGGCCCCCUGACUGAAGAAACAGAAGAAGCAUUAGACAAUGUUGAUGGAGGUUACGAUUCUGUCGUUUUGGAUCCAGAGAGACUUGAACCUGGAGUGAAUGAGGAGGACACGGACUUUGAGGAGGAAGAUGACAGCCUUGACUGGGUGUCAGAACUGAAGCACCGAGCUGGCUGGCAAGGAGCGUCUGAUGGCUAAUACCCAAGGAAAUGUUUCUUAGUCACAUCGAAUAGAUGUUUAAGUGAGGAACUAAUAUUAGCUCACAGGAUGUAUAUUUUCCCUUGGAAACAGGGGAAAACUGUGAAUAUUUAAAUUUAUUCCUGAUUAAUAUUACGAGGUUAAAAAAAUCUACAACUCUUGUGAGUUGUUGAAUUCAAUGGAAAAGGUGUAGCAUAAUGGGUGUGAGCUUUGUGGGCUUUGCAUCAGAACAGAAAUUGGAUUCUACUUCUUACUGUUUGUGUAAUUGUGGGAAAUUAACUCUUUGAGUCUGGAUUUGCUCAGCUAUAACAUGAGGAUGAUAAUGCCUACCUCAUAGGGAUGCUGACCAUAGAGCAUGACAGCAGUCCCUAAUGUUAUUUUUUGUGUUGUUAGGAUUUGUGUUUAUUACUGUGUAACUCUUUUUACAUUUCCUACAAAUUUGAGGAUCUAAAUAUAUUUAAUUAUAAAGUGUGCAA